UGGCGUAGGCUUGUCUUGUUGCCAGGCAUUGGCCAAGUCACACACGGCUCUCCAUGAGAGAGGAAACAGAGUGACAAGAGAGAGAGACAGACAGAGAGACGGAGCGCGCUAGUCACACAAACGUCACGUCACGUGAGAUUUACCAAAAGACGGAACUUCCAAACAAACAAAAAUGUGCAUACCUCGCACGUUAAAAUUUUCUGGGGGAAAUCUGUCUUCAUAAACUCUUGUGGAACAUUGUGACACUCCCUGGACUUUGUGAGGCUCCAGUGAGGAUUUUUUUCUUUCUGCGCAGGGUAGGCUACUUUCGAGAAAACCCGAGCAUAAAUUGACAUAUGAUUACAUGUAUUACACACGGAAACAAACGUCCGUAUUUGACUCACGACCGUGUUUUUCCACAUUUCUUUAACGGAUUGACAGACCAGAUCUUUUGUGAGUUCUGAGAUACUAUCAAAGGUAAUCUGGAAUCUGACGCUGACCUUUCACCUCUGACCUUCAAAUCUCAGAGCGGUUGUCAGAAUGUUCGCGUGUUGCUGUUCGCCUAUGGGCCGGAAGGAAAGGGACGGGCAGACUAUCUUAGAUAUAGAGCAGAUUCUACAGGACUACGUGUGGAAUGAUUUUCUCAGCGUUUUGGGUCGGGUCCAAAGGAAAUGUGUGAGGAGAAAAAACUACGUGAUUGAAGUGCCCAUGAACUUCUUUCAUCUGGAGGAAGAGCAGAAGCCUGUGGUUCUGCCGAGAGUCCAUAUCUCCGACCUUGAUAAUCAAGACAUCCGACACAGACACGUCAUGAAUGAGAUCCACAGGAGGACGGGAAAUGGGACCACCUCAGGGAUGGCUCAAUCCGAGGAGGAGGAGAAGAAGAAGAAGAAAAAGAAGAAAAAUGUGCCACGAGAUAAAAACAACUCGGAGAUUUUCACAGACUACGUCAACGACACACCCACGGAACAGACGUACAAAUUCCGGCUAGAGAAAACCAGGAAAUCUUCGCUGACCGCCACCGUACAGAGAGGCUUCACUGUCGGCACGAAAACCAACUUCACUGUGGGUCUGCCCAAACUGACAGGAGGUUCAAAGGUCGGUACGGAGUUUGACCUUAGGUUCACGGUGACCAAGACCAACAGCGACCUCUGUGAAGAGACGGUGACUUUUGAGACGACCAGUGACAUCAAGGUAAAGGAGGGGAACAAGUACGUGGCUAAAGUGGUCCUGGAGGAGACGGAGGUGUCCUACAACUUCUGGGCCUGGACUAGGCUCAGUUUGCCCAAUGGGAGCGCCCCUACUGUGGUGCGCAGAAAAAGCGACAACAAAGAAUGCCACAACUUCCAAAUCAAGAACCUCAAAGAGGCCUUUGAAGAUUACAAGGAGCUGGUGACCUUCAAAUCGCUGCCUGCCAACGUUCCGCUGGUCAGCAAAGACAAGAAAAAAAUGUCGCCAGAGGAAAAGAACGCAGUGACCUACGCUGUGGUCAUCGAAUCCAGAGGGAUUAUAGAUGGCACACGGCUUUCGGAUCAGCACAUCAGUCUCAAAGCUCACAAUCUGGUACAGCAUUCGAAAAGUACACAAGUUACCAAUGGCGUCGUAGAUGAGGAUCAUGAAGAAGAGAAUGGGGCUGUUGAUGAGGAGGAAGAGGAGUGUGAGGAGAGUGAGGGUGAGGAGGAAGAGGAGGAGGAGGAGGGUGGGGGGAAGGAGAUGGUGGAGGUUGCCAUUAAAGCGGGUGGUUUAUCAUCAUCGUCGUCGACUCAUGGUGUGGCGGGGGCGGGUACUCCUGGUGGGAUUAGUGCGACUUGUGGUGGGCUUACCUCCCCUUUGCUUCCGGUUCCUACGUCGAAGACGUCUACUCCUGUUUGAAUGGGGAUGGAGAGUUGGGGAG